AUGGCUGUCAAUUCAAAACUCUUAUCUCUUCUCUUCCUCUUAGCAACCGUAUCAUCAAUCGUAUCAGCAUCUUUCUCCGAUUCGGAUUCCGAUUCAGAUCUCACCAACGAGCUUGUUUCUCUCCGAUCAACCUCCGAAUCAGGCGUAAUCCAUCUCGAUGACCAUGGAAUAUCCAAAUUCCUCAUCUCCGCUUCAACUCCACGACCUUACUCCAUACUCGUCUUCUUCGACGCAACUCAACUCCACAGCAAAAGCGAGCUUCGUCUUCAAGAGCUUCGUCGCGAAUUCGGCAUCGUCUCCGCUUCAUUCCUCGCUAACAACAACGGAUCUGAUUCAACUAAGCUUUUCUUCGUCGAGAUCGAGUUUUCUCAAUCUCAAUCUUCCUUCCAGCGAUUUGGCGUUAACGCUUUACCUCACGUUCGACUCGUAAGUCCUUUGAUAUCGAAUCUACGCGACGAAUCUGGUCAAAUGGAUCAAUCGGAUUUCUCUCGUUUGGCGGAAUCCAUGGCUGAGUUCGUCGAGCAACGAACAAAACUCACCGUCGGUCCGAUUAAACGACCACCGCUUCUUUCCAAGGCACAGAUCGGUAUCAUCGUAGCGAUGGUCAUCGUCGCGACUCCGUUUAUCAUCAAACGGAUUCUUAAAGGAGAAACUCUUAUUCAUGAUCGUAGGCUUUGGUUAUCUGGUGCGAUUUUUGUCUACUUCUUCAGUGUUGCUGGUACAAUGCACAACAUUAUCAGGAAAAUGCCAAUGUUUCUUCAGGAUCGUAACGAUCCGAAUAAGCUCGUAUUCUUCUACCAAGGAUCUGGAAUGCAGCUUGGAGCUGAGGGAUUUGCGGUUGGAUUCUUGUAUACUGUGGUUGGAUUGCUUUUGGCGUUUGUUACCAAUGUGCUUGUUAAAGUGAAGAACCUCAAUGCUCAAAGAUUGAUUAUGCUUUUGGCUUUGUUCAUAUCGUUCUGGGCUGUGAAGAAAGUUGUGUACUUGGAUAAUUGGAAGACUGGAUAUGCGAUUCAUCCGUAUUGGCCAUCGAAUUGGCAUUGA